CCUGUCUGAAAUUAAUUUGGUUUUCCUGUGGAGUUUUAUGCGUCUAAAAAAGGGUCUGGGAAAAACCAUCCCUUCCAAGAUGGCGGCCUUCGAAUGGCCGUGGCAGUAUACUUUCCCACCUUUCUUCACACUUCAACCGAACUUGGACACCCGACGAAAACAGCUUGAUGCUUGGUGUGAUCUUGUUUUAACAUACUACAAGCAAAGGAAAGCUUACAGUAUGGACGUGACCGAGGCACAGACAUGUGAUCUGUUUUAUAACAAGUCUAUUGAAAGAAAAUUAUCUUUGGAAGGAAUCAAUGCUGUACUUGAGGAACUAAGAAAAAAAGGUAACUUAGAGUGGGAAGACAAGAAAAAACAACGUUGCUAUAUAAUGUGGCGAACUCCUGAGGAGUGGGCAAAUAUCAUUUUUAAAUGGGUUCAAGACAAUGGGAUGACAGACACAGUUUGUACAUUAUACGAGUUAAUGGCAGGGGAUGAUACCGCAAAGGAAGCAUUUUAUGGCAUUGACAUGUGGAUGCUUAAGAAAUCCUUGCUUGUGCUUGAAGCCAAAGGAAAAGCACAGAUGUUUGAAGCCCCAGAUUCGAGUGAUGAAAGUGGGUUAGGAGUCAAGUUUUACAAUUGAGAUAUAGUGUCAUCUAAAUACAGUAGAAUUUAGUUUCUAAAUUUAGUUGAGCUAGAAGCAUAUGGAACUGAAGGGCAAUGAUCCUUACCUUUCCAUCCUGGCCAUCAAGAGAUGCAAUGACUAAAUGGGUUACGCUAUGCCUCAAAUAAGCUGUCCAUCAUGUUGUUGUGUCCUGGUCACCAACAAGCUGUUGAUGUCCUCUUGUGAUAAUGUGUAGAAUCUUCUGGAUUGUAAUGUGAGCUUUUCAAAAGUCUCAAAAGAAAUGAAAUGAAUACAUUGGUUAAGCUAUGCCUCACCAAAGCAUAAUAAGUAGAAAUUAAAUUGUUAUUGAUCAAGCACAUAUUCUGUACUUUAUAUCUUGAGAUGUCGUUAACCAUCCUUUCAAGUCUGAUCUCAAAAAAGGGAAGAUAACCUUUUUGUUUGUAUAUGAUAUGAAACUUGAAGAAACAUGCAUUUGUUACAAAUUACAUAUUUCUGUUUAUUUGUU